AUGGGGGUUAAUCAAUCAUGGUUCCCUGAAUUCAUCCUGGUGGGAUUCCCACUCAGUGCAGACAUGGAAGUGCUUCUCUUCUGUGUCUUCUCCCUGCUGUAUGUCUCCAAUCUGCUGGGAAAUGGCAUGAUCUUGGGGCUCAUCUGGCUGGACGUCAGACUGCACACCCCCAUGUACUUCUUCCUCUCUCAUCUGGCCAUCAUUGACAUGUCCUAUUCUUCCAGCAAUUUACCCAAAUUGCUGGAAAAUCUAAUGAAACACAAAAAAACAAUCUCCUAUGGUUCAUGUACUGCACAGUUGUUUUUGUAUUUGACUUUUUCUUGUACCGAGUGUAUGAUUUUGGUGGCAAUGUCCUAUGACAGGUACGUGGCCAUCUGCCAACCUCUCCACUACACCGUCAUCAUGACCUGGAGACUGUGCACAGUGCUGGCCAUCACUUCCUGGGUAGGUGGCUUUUUACUGGCCUUAGGAAAUCUAAUUUUCUUUCUGAGAUUACCCUACUGUGGGUCCCCGGAGGUGAAUUUCAUUUUCUGUGAAAUCCUGGCUCUCCUCAAAGUGGCCUGUGGGGACACUUGGAUCAACAAAGUUUUUGUCCUUUCUUCUGGUUCAUUUAUCUUACUUGGACCCCUUUCCUUGAUGAUGGUCUCUUACAUGCAUAUCGGCUUGGCCAUCCUGAAGAUCAAGUCAAAGGAGGGCCGCAGAAAGGCCUUCUCCACCUGCUCCUCCCACCUCUGUGUGGUUGGCUUCUACUUUGGCAUUGCCAUGAUGAUUUACUUGGUCCCAGACAAUGGUCACCGAGAUGAGCAGAAGAAAGUCCUGACCCUUUUUUAUGUUCUCUUCAACCCAUUGCUGAACCCCCUUGUUUACAGCCUGAGGAAUGCUCAAGUGAAGGCUGCCCUCAAGAGAGCAUUGCAGAAACAGAGGCCAUCAUGAAGGAGGGUAGAAUUUUACAUAGUUGGUAGUGCUCACAUGCGCUUGCUGCCACACUGAAACUCAAGAUCAAUGAUCAUACAAUGGAGAAAGAAAAGUCUCUUCAUCAAAUGGUGUGGAAAUUGGACUGUUUCAUCUCAACAGAAUGAAACUAGACCAUGAUCUCGUAUUACAGGAAGCUCAAAAUGGGUUAAAGACUUGGAAGGAGGACCUGAAGCCAUAAAAUAUAUAGAAGAAAACAUAUAGACCAACAUU